UACACAGCUCUUUUCAUUUGUCGAGCACGGACUGGUCCGUUUCCUCGGAAAUCAUUACGUUCCAGCUAUUAUUUGUCAGUGGCUGCGCAACCCAACUCACACAGACGAGGUAAGAAGGACACCGUUCCACACGGAGGCGCGCCUAAUCAGCCGAGACGCUGACGGCUUCGUUUCACUGGGCGGCGAACGGAAAGCAGGUACACACGGUGGGUUAGGCGGCGUCAUUGGCACAGAUACUCCACGCGUAGCGCUUUACGGGAGCCACAGUGCGCUGUGGGCGACCUGGAGUCUGGACGCUCAGUUUGUGGCUCUGCGGAAAGCAGCCGGCACUGCCAUGGAGACGUACGCGGGCCGCGUCGCACUGGUGACGGGCGCCAGCUCCGGCAUAGGAGCCGCCGUCGUGCAGGCGCUGCUCAGGAAGGGGCUCAAGGUGGUCGGACUCGCAAGGAGGGUCGACAGAAUCAAGGCACUGGAAUUGAAGGAUGCUCCUGGCAAACUAUACGCAGUCGAAGGAGACGUGACGAAAGAGGAGAGCAUUACGUCCGCCUUCAAGUGGAUCAGCGACAACCUCGGUGGGGUCGACGUCCUCGUCAACAAUGCUGGAGUCUAUCACGACGGUGACUUAACCUCAUCCGAUACGGAAGCGUGGAGACGUACCCUGGAAGUGAACGUGCUGGGCCUAUGCAUCUGCACAAGAGAGGCGGUGCAGGACAUGCUACGCAGAGGCGUCGACGAUGGAUUCAUCGUUCAUAUUGGCAGUGUAGCGGGACAUUGCCCACCAGAUGACGGCACCUCUGCGAUGUACUCUGCCAGCAAGCAUGCAGUCAAGGUCCUGCUGGAAGGACUGCGGAAGGACCUCGUCGCCAAGAAGAGCAAAAUUCGAGUUGGGGAAAUUUCGCCAGGGCUAGUCAACACUGAGAUAAUCACAAACUCUACAAGUUGGACGCCAGAUAUUUUUGAGGAGCUGCCGCAUAUGGAACCAGAAGAUGUAGCAGAUGCCCUCCUGUUCAUGCUAUCCCGACACCCACGUGUGCAGGUGUAUGAUAUCGUGAUGUACCCAACGGGUUCUGAAUAGCGGCCACUUUUGCUGCAGUGGUUGACUUCCAGUACUGAAAUGACAACCUGGAUCACACCUUGCUCGGGACUUCUAUGUUUUUCUGUACGAAAAUGGUGCUUGUUUGAUUAAUUAUACAGUAUAAAGUGUUCCAGGAAUGUAAAGCUUUGUAUUAAAUGAGCAAUAAA